CUACCUACCCCAAAUUACUCUCUCACUGCUUUUUUCAUUUGUCUCACGUCUUCGCCUGCCGCCUCACGUUUGUCAUAUAGAGCAGAUAUUAUCUUGAUUAAUUUCUUUUUUGUUUUAGUAAAAUUGAAUCAACUGCAUCUUGCUGGAACAUCCCCUCCUGCUGCUUCCAGUUAACAAUGGUCACCAAACUCGCAGAAAAUUCAACCGAUUACAAAAGCAGCAUCAGCAGCAGCAGCGGUUUCGAUUACGAAACACAAACAUACCAUAGCCUAAGACAACCCCCUCCACUUCAACUUCCUGAUCAAACAACUCCUCUUUCUGUCACUCACUAUGUUUUCACCCUUUACAACGCUAAUUUACGUACCAACAACAACAGCAGCAGCAACAACAACGACAACUUCCUGGUGGACGCGGCCCAGAGACACCGGCUUUCCUUGUUUCAACUCCAAUCUUAUGUGACCAGACUCUCUUCCUCUCUCCGGGACAACAUUGGACUCAAACAUGGAGACACUGCUUUCAUUCUCUCCCCCAACUCCAUUCACGUUCCACUCCUUUACCUAUCUCUUUUCGCCAUUGGUGUCAUCGUCUCGCCUUCUAAUCCCACGAGCUCACCAGGAGAAAUUUCACGUCAAAUGCAACUAACAAGCCCUGUCAUUGCCUUUGCAACCUCAGAAACAGCUCAUAAGCUGCCUUCACUUAAGCACCCUCCCGUUCUGCUCGACUCUCUUCAGUUUCACUCACUGAUAUCCACUCCGCAUUCUGAGCUUAGCAAACAGGACAGAGUUAUCAUUAGACAAUCCGACGUGGCGGCUGUACUCUAUUCCUCAGGAACUACAGGGAGAGUCAAAGGAGUGGCACUGACUCAUCGCAACUUGAUCUCUUCACUCAAUGGAGCUCUGGUUCCGCGUGGUGGCGAUGUGCACGGUUCCCUUUUUUCAUGUCUACGGAUUCUUCUACUGUCUCAGAUGUCUUGCAUUUGGAGAGAGUCUCGUACUUUUCAGUAAAUUUAAUUUUCAACUGAUGAUGAAAUCGAUUCAGCAAUUUAGCGUUACUAAUUUGGCCUUGGCGCCUCCAUUGGUUGUCGCGAUGAUUAGCAAUUCAAUUGGAGAUUAUGAUUUACGCUCCCUUCAAGUUGUCUUGAGCGGUGGAGCUCCUCUCUCAAUUCCUUUAAUGAAGAAAUUCAACACACUAUUUCCAAAUGUUACCCUGGUUCAGGCUUAUGGAUUGACAGAAACAACAGGUGGUGUUUGUCGAACAGUCGGUCCAAUUGAAAGCAAGAGAUUAGGAGCAAACGGACGACUUACAUACAAUUGUCAAGCUAAGAUAGUUGAUCCUCUAACUGGAGUUGGUCUGCCUCCGUUUAAGCAUGGGGAACUCUGGAUUAGGGGACCAUCAAUAAUGAAAGGUUAUGUCCACGACGAGAUGGCAUCAGGUGCAAUUUUGACUGCUGAUGGAUGGUUGAAGACCGGCGAUCUUUGUUAUUUUGACAAUGAAGGUUUCCUAUUUUACGUAGACAGCAUAAAGGAACUAAUCAAGUGUAACGGCUACCAGGUUCCACCAGCAGAGUUGGAAGAUCUUCUGCAGUCCCAUCCAGAUAUUGUUGAAGCAGCUGUGGUGCCGUAUCCUGAUGAGAAAGCAGGACAAGUACCCAUUGCAUUUGUAGUGAGGACAACAGGAAGUAUCAUUGACGAAUCUAUAAUUAAGGAAUUUGUAGCUAAAGAGGUUGCUCCAUACAAGAAACUAAGACGAGUAUCGUUCAUGGAUUCCAUACCUAAAAAUGCUACCGGUAAAGUGUUGCGGAAAGAGUUGGUGAAACUUUCUUUGUCAAAUGGCACAUCAUCAAGAUUGUAGCUUAUUGUAAGAAAUUUCUGGUGGAUUUUUCUGCACCAUGUAUAGCUAAACUACUAAACUACCGGAGGAAAUCAAGUUCAUUAAUGUUCAGUUUAUACAAAACAUAUGCCGGUGGAUUAUGCAAGAUGUUGAGGAAUGACAAUUCUCAUUGAACUCCAGGCAAUAGAGAAUGCCGACCACUCUACUUAUAUUGUUAUAUCAUCUUCAGUCUAGUUUUAUAUUAAGC